GCUAUGCUUUCUGACCAUUGUGUUUGCUGUGAAAUUAAGAAGUGCACAUUGCAAUAUUCUUCCAAUGCAUCUUCAAUAACGUUUUAAUAUGUUUUAGUAAUUAUUUUAAGGUGACUAAUAUCAUACAAUUGCUGGAGAAAUUAAGGGACUUUGUGAAUAUAUAAGUAAUAUCCAGCUAUCAGCAAUACUAGAAUAGGACUUGUCAUGGAAGCAGCAAUUUUUACAUUCCAUUAGUGAUAAUUUGUGAUAUAUUUAUUGGACAAGCAAUAACUUCUAAACACAAUGGAGGAUAACGGUGCCAAUGCAGAUCAUGUUGAACAACCAACAAAUCCAUGCUUCAGAGAGCGCAUAGAUGACAUUGAACGAGAAGAUUUCGAAGAAGAGAAUCGCAUUAUUAAACAUUGUUCGAAUUUGAUGAUGGAUGGUGAACUUACAGCAUCACCUCAUUUUUCUGGCAAUUUGUCAAGCAUUAAUUCCAGUUUGGCUUCGAGUUCUGAGACAAUUUCUACAUUAUCAACUUUCACAGCAACUGAAUCAAACCUACCAGGAUGCAGUAAGUCUGAUGAUAUUGACGACUGUGAUUUACAGCUCAAAUACUUAAAUCAUGAUCCAAUGAUGGGAUUCUGUCCUAACAAAGAAACAAAGAAGGUUGAUUUUAUGGAGAAACUCAUUAACAGUGGAAUACCUGAAAAGAAAGACAUUCCCAGGGGCAAACUUUACAAGGGUGACUGUGAUAAUGAUAUUGCAGAUAAUUCCGAUAUGGAGAGUGCUAGCAGCUCGUCCGGACAAACUAGCCAAACCACAAGCUCCAGUUCUGAUAGUAGCAGUUUUAGUGUACCAUCAACGUCUAAUGCGGAAAAAUUACUUGGCCUUGGCAGCAGCGGGCUGAAUUCCCACCACACUGUUACAUCUGCUUUCUUGCGUAAAUACUCUGAAGACGAGGACGAUUCCGAUUACGAAAUAGGAGGUGGCAACUUGCGGUGCACUUGUGACUCUCCGCACGGAGAUGAUGACGACGGCGACGAUGACGAGCCUGAUCUAGAGCAAAGAGUGUGGUGCAAACGUCGCUAUGAGUCUACUUCACAUCACUCCGUUAAGAGGUUUUGCACUGACGGUGCCAUAUCAUCCUUAGCUACUUUGGAUUAUAACCCAAACACUACCAACCCAAAUAUAAUAGCUCAGAAGGUUCAGGCAUCGCCGGAGCUCAAACAGUGGCUUCAAAGAUUCCAAACAUGGUCCACCAAAGAGAAGACCUUAGCAAUUGAUGCUUUGGUUACCCGUUGUGCUGCAAGUGACGUGCGCUACAUGAUGAAGGCAAUUGAGCCCCUAUUCCAACGUGACUUCAUUUCCCUGCUGCCAAAAGAGCUCGCCCUUACCGUGUUGGGCUAUUUGUCUCCAAAGGAUCUCCUUAUGGCUGCCCAGACUUGUCGUUAUUGGAGAUUUCUUGCUGACGACAACCUGCUAUGGAAAGAGAAAUGCCGACGCGCUGGUAUAACCGAACUGAAGAAGAUACCACGCAACGUGCCUCGUUUCGCGAGCCCUUGGAAGGCGACCUACAUGAGUCAGACGAUCAUUGAAAACAACUGGAUGAUCAAAUCUGUUCUGAACCCUAUCGUGAUGCGAGGUCAUGAUGACCAUGUUAUAACUUGCCUCCAGUUCCAAGGGAACCGUAUCCUUAGCGGCAGUGAUGAUACCACUUUGAAAUUGUGGUCCGCUAAUUCUGGAAAGUGUCUCCAUACUCUGGUUGGUCAUACUGGCGGCGUUUGGUCGUCUCAGAUGGUGGGUGACUUGGUGAUUAGUGGCUCUACCGACCGCACCCUGCGUGUAUGGAACGCCAACACUGGGCAAUGUCUUAAAGUGCUUGCGGGACACACCUCGACUGUACGCUGCAUGCAUCUCAAUCAGAAUAGAGUUGUGUCGGGUUCCCGCGACGCUACACUGCGUGUGUGGUCGAUACCAGACGGCCGUUGCCUUCGCGUGCUCGUCGGCCAUCUUGCUGCGGUACGAUGCGUCCAGUACGACGGUAAAGUUGUCGUCUCCGGCGCAUACGAUUACUUCGUCAAAGUAUGGAAUCCAGACACCGGUGAUUGUCUUCACACUCUCGCAGGACACACUAACCGUGUGUACAGUCUUCAGUUUGACGGUAUCCACGUGGUGAGUGGUUCUCUGGACACAUCGAUCCGCGUUUGGGACGUGGAGACGGGCCAACUGAAGCAUACUCUCACCGGCCACCAGUCGCUCACCUCCGGCAUGGAACUGCACUCCAACAUCCUGGUCUCCGGGAACGCUGACUCCACCGUCAAAGUCUGGGACAUCUCCUCAGGUCAUUGCCUGCAUACAUUGUCUGGACCGAACAAGCACCAGUCGGCGGUGACUUGCCUGCAGUCGAGCAACCGUUUCGUGAUCACAUCAUCUGACGACGGUACAGUGAAGCUGUGGGACGUGCGCACUGGCGAGUUCAUCCGUAACUUGGUGGAACUGAGCUCGGGUGGUUCAGGCGGCGUGGUAUGGCGCAUCCGAGCCUCCGCCACUAAACUGAUCUGCGCCGUCGGCUCCCGCAACGGCACCGAGGAGACUAAGCUUCUCCUCCUCGACUUCGACGUGGCCGGUGCUUGCAGGAAGUGUGAUGAAUAGCAUAAGCUUAACCGGCGCCUCAUGCGCCGAUACGUCAACUUGUAUGCACCCUGGCAUUGUUAAACGACUCGCAGCCCUCACCAUUCGCAAAUUUCCCUGUUAUUAAUCGAUGUGUCCCACUGUAAGGAAUGUUCUAAAACAUCUAAGUUCGUAGAAGAAAUGUUGUGAUGUGUUCCACUGUAAGGAGCAUUCUAAAGCAUCUAAAGUGUUCCAUUGCAAGGAACAUUUUAAAACAAAAUUUGUAGAAUGAUUGUUAGUGAUCGAUAUGUUUCACUAUGGGAACUGUUCCAAUAUUCUUUUCAUCGUAAAUCAAAGUGGAGGGAAUGUUAGUGCGUUGUGUGAGGUAGGUUGCGAUGUUGCCAGUGGAUGUUCGAGUUGUGCGCUAUGUACCCACCGGGCCCGACACCAUUGUUGAAGGACUUCUGUGUAUCCAUGUUGUACUCUGAUUACCUGCAUUCAUACGAUACCAUUUACAUACCAUUACAUAUAUUCAAAUCUAGUAGUAAUUUGUAGAAUGUAUCUAAUCAUAUUCCGUAGCACGAAGUGGUGGCACAAUUGUUUAUCUCGCGUCGCCAAAUUUUCUGUAAUAUUGUUGAAUGGUUUAUUAUCCCAAAGAAUAACGAGUGUGUCGCAUAUUAGUUUAUAAGUUUUAUCUUUAUUGAGAAAACUUUCUUUGAAUUGUCGUUUUAAAACAAUUGAAGGCUAAUUGAUUGAAUUGAAAAAUGAAGCAAUAUUUUACAACAAAUUAGACGUAAAUAGUAGCAAUUUACUUUCUAACGUGAUGUCUUACUGCCGAAACAUCUCUAACUCAGCGUUUAUCGAGAAUGGGUGAGUGUGUUUCUGUAAUGUAUACUCACGGUUAGAUCUAUCGUGUCUUAAACUAUUUUUUUGGGGAUUUUACAUUUGUAUUGGCUAAUUGUAUCAUAAUAUUUUUUUAAUAUUUUCUGCUUAACUCUAUGAGCAGUAUUAGGAGAUAAGUUUGUUUUAAUGUAUUCUGUUUAUAGUUAUUGACUUUGCUGCAAUUUAGCAGCAACAGUAUGUUUUACAUAUCCACAAUAUCGAUAAAUUUUUUUUAACUUUUACAUUGUGUGUUAUAAAUUCAGGUACUGUCUAUUAUUAUUUUUAAAUGUUAAAAUCGAUUCAUUGUUUGUUGAUUUUUUUUGACAUAUACACGUUUAAAUAUGAUCUAUUUUAAAUUAUCUAAUGACGGCUUGUAAAAAAAAAAACAAUUUUCCACUUGCACUUUUCUCUUAGCAUAAUAUGAUAUAUUCAGCACAGCAUUACCAUAAAUUAUUGUCCAAUGUAUAAAAGUAAUAAUUUAUUUUAUUUUUCGCAUAAUAACUUAUUCAAACCUAAUUGAAUAAGUAUCAUAAGAAUGUUUCAACAUUGUUUUAUACGAUGAUUUGUAACAUGAUUUCACGACUGUUGGGCGAGUGCAAAAGAUCUUGGAGGGUCUCGCAAGGCGGCGAGCGCCCUACCAAAAGUAACUGUGUUAAUGUAUAUACUAACAAACAAUAUUGUUUGUGACCCCGCGGUUGCAAGUCUUCUGCUGUGGCUGAUAUAAAGAAUAAUUAAACGAAGACUGAAGCAUAGGUAUAAUAUAAUAUUUAAUGUAUUAAACUGUAGUUACUGUACCACUACACACCACCGUAUCGAGCGAGCUUUUUUUUUGCAGCCGCCAUAAUUAAAUUGUUUUAGUUUAGUUCUAAGUUUUUCUUAUAUCUGAUAAAGUUUUGUAUCUUAAAUCGCUGCUCGGAUGCAAUCAGUCUGAAUUAUUGAAUGAAAUAAAUAACAAUCAAUCAUUAACAAUAUUGGACAUAGUUUAGUCUUUUUAUCUAAAUCACUUGUACAUUAUAGCCUAAUGCAGAUGACAACGUUAUGGUAAUAAUCAUAUUCAUAUCAUAAAUUGAUAAUUUUAAAAUAAAUAAUAUUUUCCUCAUAUCAUUUGUGUUCGUAAACAAUAAGUUUUUAUGUACUUGUAAUGUUUAUUGUAAUCGUUCUUUUAACGAAAUUAUUUAUAGUGCAAUAACCUUAUCUGGGGACAAUAGUGUAACUAAAAUGGAGUAAAUAUUGUCUUGUCUUUUGACAUUUUAGAUAUAUGUAUCUUUUAACGUUGGACCAGAUAAGUUUGUGGGACUAUAAUUGCAUGGCCAGAUUUUAAUAUCAAUUGCAAUAUUUUUUUUAAUCAUUUUUAGACUUUUAAAAUAAGAUUUACAUCACAAAUUGUUCUUUUUAACAACAAUAUCGCAUGUUGUCUUUUUGUACAUCACAAUAAUUGUUUUAAUAUUGAAUUGAAGGAAGAAUCUUAAUUUUAUCGACACAUUUACAAUGUAAUGCAUCACAAUUUAUUUAUU